CCUCCCGGAGCUGCUGCGGCCGCCUGCUCCCCGCAGGGCUCCCCCGGGAAGGGCGGGCGGGAAGUGAGCUCAGCGCACAGGAAAUCCCGCCCGCCUGGCCUGUGUUGUGCUGCCGAGGGGCAGAGAAAGGAGCCUAGCGACCGAGCGGGGCAGGCGCCGGAGACCACGGGCAAAGCCAUGUCUGACCAGGAAGCAAAACCUUCAGCUGAGGACUUGGGAGAUAAGAAAGAGGGAGAAUACAUUAAACUCAAAGUCAUUGGGCAGGACAGCAGUGAAAUUCACUUCAAGGUGAAAAUGACGACACAUCUCAAGAAACUCAAAGAAUCAUACUGUCAAAGACAGGGAGUUCCAAUGAAUUCACUCAGGUUCCUCUUCGAGGGUCAGAGAAUUACUGAUAAUCAUACCCCCAAAGAGCUGGGGAUGGAGGAGGAAGAUGUGAUUGAAGUUUAUCAGGAACAGACAGGGGGUCACUCGACAGUUUAGAUCCUUCCGUUUGUUUUUUCUUUCCCCUUAAUCCUUUUUUAUUUUUAAAUAAUAAUUCUUUUGUAAUGUGGCGUUCAACACUGAACUGAAACUGGCACCCCAUCUCUGGGAACUUUAUUUUCAAACAUCUGGUAUCUUGAAUUCUCGUGCUCAUUAUACACUAUAAUUUCUGUUUUCAUUGUGCUGAACUCUUGUGAUCCAGCUGCAGCCCUUCUCCUUUUCCCCCUCCCCUUUAAAAUUACAUGUACACACAUGCAUUUGUAUGUUCACUAGGAUCGUGCAUUUCAGGCACGAAGGUUGUAAGAUCUGCCAGGUGGGCAAGUGUUCCUAAUGACUUCCAAAUCAGCCCUGAAGUUUUGAUGUGUGACUGUUUCACUCCUGGACUAUAACUUUCAGUGGGAGAUGAAGUUUUUCAGAGAACUAAACAAUGGAGAAAUUGUGUGUCCAUAAUUGAGAGCUGUUUUCCUUAAAUUGUGCUGGGGGCCCAGGAAAGAAGAUUUGUGUCCAGCUGGAAAUGAAAAAGAUAGAACUGGUGUCAUCUGUACUUUCCUCCAGAGAUGGCUACGCAGAAGACAUAAAAUUGAAAACCGUGUUGAUUCUUAAAUUUUGGCAGAGGAGCCCAGAAAAGUUAUUUCAUAUAGCAAUUAAUACACAGAUAUUCAUGCAAGAAUGUACACAGCAGACACCUGUAGUAUUCUGACAUUCUCGUCUGUACCUUUUGGCCUGGGACAUGGGUUUUGAAUGGACGUUGUCUGUACCAGCUUCAUUAAAAUAAACAAGAAAAACAAUUUUAUAAACAU